AUGUUUAAAAUAACUUGUCUACUAUUGUUGGCUGUAGGCUCGUCACUAUGCCAGCGGCCUGAAGACUUCUCCACCUAUCACCUCCUACACCUACAACACGAGCCGCCCCUGUACCCAGUGUUCGACCAGCCCCCUCCUACCAAGUUCUCAUGUGAGGGUCGCCCCAGAGGAUACUACGCGGAUGUUCAGAGCGGUUGUCAGGCUUUCCACUUCUGCUGGAGACAGCGUCUUGUCAGCUCAGAGCUGUGUAGCAACGGAACACUGUUUAACGAACAAUUCCAGGUCUGUGAUCAUUUCUACAACGUGCGAUGUGGCUCCCCCUAUGAAGAUCUGUGA